UUGUCGUCUUGUCGAGUACGCGUACGACUCGGCGAUUAUUUGUGUAGGGCCUAGUUAAUUUGUCAGCGAUCGAUCAGAAAACUGUCACUCAGUGUGAAACCGCUAAUUUUGCUUGUUUAGUUCUCAGAUUUUUUUAGUUUGAAGAAAACUAGUCGUUGACGUGUGUUUUGCUUUGUGUGAACGAACCAGACUCGGAUAUGAAUUCUCCGUGGUGGUUGCACUUGUUCAUCUUGGCUGCUUUGACAGUUGCUGUCAGAGGAACUGCAGGCCCCUCUGCACCGGAUCAAGUGGUUCGCAGGCACCGACGAGCAACAGAAGAUGUCAGGGACUGCAGGGAUCAGACUGAGACACUUCCCCCGACUACGAUCGACACCACAGAGCGUCUGAGAGAUUUGAGGAAACGAAUGAGACACAUCAGAUAUGAUCUGGAUGGAUACAUUAUUACGUACUCCGAUCGACACCAGAGCGAUUUUGUUGCUGACCACGACAAACGGCUGGAGUUCAUUACUGGAUUCCAAGGAUCAGGCGGCCUAGCCGUUGUCACAACAGAGCGAGACGGAGAUGACGGCAAAGCGGUACUCUGGACCGACGGUCGCUACUGGAUCCAGGCAGAGAGAGAGGUAGAUUGCAACUGGGAAUUGAUGCGUCUUGGGGAUCCCCGCGACGAAACGCCAGCGCAGUGGGUGAUUGAUAACAUCAAUCCCAUCGACCAACAGAGCCAGAUAGCGCGGAUUGGAUAUGACCCUCAGCUGAUGUCUAUACGGGAUUUUUACACCUUCAACUACACCUUCCGGGAUUACGACCUGAAGAGAAUCAAGAUGAUCCCGCUGGACGACAUCCGCAUCGUCAACAACAACCCACAGAUCCCUGACCCCGACCUCAUCAACGACGACAAUGAAGACGACGAGAAGAACGACUUCAUGAUUGACUACAUCUGGGCCGACAGCCAACAGGUGGAUUACGGGCUACGCCCUCUAGAGCCGUACGAUACGCAACUUUACGCAGGAGAGGCUUGGGAGGACAAGAUUUACCGUAAAGACGGCAAGAAGAAUCUGCGGGACAUGAUGAAAGAUCAGAAAAUUGAUGCCGUUGUCAUCACUAAACUGGACGAAAUUGCAUGGUUGUUCAACUUGAGGGGGAAUGACAUCCAGUUUAAUCCACUUUUUAUGUCAUACGCCAUUGUCACCGAGGAACAAAUCAACCUGUAUUUGUAUGAUGCCACACGUCGUCUGACCAGCCUCAUCAGGGGACAUCUCAAGAUUGGACCAGACUAUGGAUGUCCUGAGACAGGUACGCAGCUGCCCCUGUGCGUCAAGGUGCACGACUACAAGAAUUUCAAGACGGGAGUGCAGAACACCAACAGCAGGGGCUCCAUCAAGAAAAUCUGGAUGGGGAACGACACGAGCAUCGGCUGGCUGGACGAAAUUGACGAGGAAAAGCGUGUGGUGUCGCCUUCCAUCAUCCAAUACCUGAAAGCAAUCAAGAACGACAAGGAGAUUGAGGGAAUGCUGAGUGCAAACCUUCGUGACUCUGCAGCCGUGUGUGAGCUGGCCGCAUGGAUAGAGGAGAGGCUCCGAUCCGAGACGAACCCAGGAACAGGGCAGAUUGACAAACUGAGCGAGAAAUCGGUGGCGGAACGAUCCAUUGAACUCCGGAAGCAAAAGGUUGGCUUUGAAAUGCCCAGCUUCUAUCCCAUCGUGGGCUUCGGGUACAAUGGAGCUGUACCCAGAUACAACGUCUCUGAUAAAUCUAACGAGGCCAUUACCAACCAGUAUCCGUUGGUCGUUGACUCUGGAGGUCAAUACUUAGAUGGAACGACGCAAAUUGCCAGAACAUUCCAUUUUGGAACCCCAACCCAGUUCCAGAAGGACGCAUAUACAAGAAUCCUCAUGGGCCACAUGAACCUGGCCAUGACCAUCAUCCGCUCUGAUGUAUUUGGGAGGGACCUGGAUGCUAUCGCCCGUACCCGUUUGUGGGAGAUCGGUCUAGACUAUGAGCACGAGACAGGCAGCGGUGUUGGCCAUUACCUCAGCAUCCACGAGGGACCCACCAGAUUCAGGCACGGCUACAUCGCCGAGGAUCAAGAAUUCUUCCCUGGAAUGUUCGUCGCUAACGGUCCUGGUUACUAUCAUGUUGAUGACGAUGAUCUGAGAGAUCAGUGGGGUCUGCGGAUACAAAACAUCAUGCAGGUCAAGGAGAUUAGACUAGAGAAUCGUUUUGAAGACUACACCUUCAUGAACUUUGAGAUGGUGACCUUGGUGCCCUUUGAACCCCGCAUGAUCUACUACAGCAAACUCAACCCACGCCAGAUUGACUGGCUGAACAGCUACAACCUUCGCGUCCGCACGCUGGUGGAGCCCCUCCUGACCACCCAGGCAGCCAAGAAGUGGCUGGAGACCAAGACUAGGAAGAUCACGUACGAUUACACGGUAACGGGAGGUGCCACCAGCAUCACCACGGUGACGAGCGCCAUCUUGAUUGCGUCAUCGGUCAUUGUGAGUCACCUGUUACGGCAGUAAUUGUUUGUGAUUUGUUUUGUGUCAAGUGUUACCAUGGCAAUUUAUUGAGUGUUACCAUGGCAUUCUGAUGCCAGUGUUCACCUAGUUACACUUAGCUUGAGAGGAUUGCUUUAGUUUUGUUUUGUUUUUGCAGUUUAUUAAGCUUUUGGAGCAGUUUUAUUCCUUUGGUAAAUUAUUUAAUCAGAUAAACAGAGAAAAAACUAUCAGUGGUUGUAGCAUUUGCUUUAAAGAAUUCCUGUGACAAAUAUUUGAGGUCAGUAAAAAAAUCACUAAUAUUCACAUAUAAUAGCGAUGCUUUUUGCCGUGAUUUUAUGUUUAUUGUUCUCCAUUUAAAUGCCUGAAGUUUCAAGACAUUCUGUUAAUAGAUUCAUUAAUUUCAUACAUCAGAAUCUGAGGUUGCAACCUCGUUCGUUUUUUAAUGUCACUUUGGUUUAUCAUACCUGAAUUUUAAUACAACCGGGUUCAAUUGUGAGAGGAAAGGGUUUUUAAAUCUUGACAUUUUGAAAGUGAUAAUUCAUCUGUAUAUAAUAGUACAAAUUUUGAUUGGAAAUGUUUGUAUAAUUCAGUGUACAUUCCAUUUCCAAAUGAUUAUUCCAGCUAAAAUAUUUUUAUAGAUAUUAACAGACUUUUGUAAAUGAAAGCAACUUGAUUUUUUCCUUCAAUUUUUCAAUUUUUUUUAUGGGUAUGGUAAUUGUAAAAAGAAAAUAAAAUUAUGACUUUUAUAUUCUGCAAGCGAAAAUGAAAAAUCAUGCCUGCCUGAAAAUUGUAAAUUGAUUUGUUUUUCAGUUUUUUGACCUUUUUUUAAUUUUUUUUUAUGGGUAUGUCAAUGGUGUUAGUAAAAAGAAAUCAAAUUCAUGACUUUGUAUUCUGCCAGCAAAAAUGAAUAAUCAUACUUGCCUGAAAUUGCUGAAAUGAUUAAAUAAAAAUUACAUAUCUUUGAAAUUUGAUCAAAAUAGUUUUCAUAAAUUAUUAUGAUACCAAAGAGGAAUCAUGAAGUUCAAGCUUUCUAUCAUGUCAUUGUCUACUAGUUUAACAAAAAUAUUUCAUUUGAUAAUUUCUUUCUGUGUUUCCCCCAAAUUCCACUGUUAUAAUUUUAUAAUGAAUUCCACUGUUAUAAUUCAAUAAGUAGUUGGAAAAUAUCAAUACAUGUAAUCGGUCUAUCUCAGCACAAAUUAAAGCAAAGUUAUUGAAAAUUGUAUGUAUAAUUCGAGAACAUUACAUUUGAACAAAAUAUUCAAUGUAUACUUUCCAGAAGAUUUUUUAAUUGCAUUUCGAAGGCUGUGAUCUUGUUGUUUCUUUUUUUUUUUUAAAGGAGUAAAUUUUCGAUUUGUAAUUUAUUUUCGGAUGGGGUAAGUUCUGGAAACAAAUAGUGAAAAAAACAAUAAGUAAUAAGAUUAUGUAUUCAUUGUUGCAAGGUAUUCAUCGAAACUGUCUAAAAUUGUUAAAUAUGAUAAAAAAUGACUGCAAUUAUGUAACUGAUAUGUUUUAAUGGCAUAAUGAUUAUGAAUUGUUUUUGUACCAAAGAUGAAAGAAGAUGUAGGUUUAUUGCUAGCUGAGAGCAAAGUUUGAUUUUUCUUCUGCCUUUCUGGGCAGAUUUUGCUGUAUAUAUUUGCUAUGUGACCAAAAUACAUGGUGUGGGGUUUUCUUUAACGUGUCUUAUUCCAUAAAGUAGGCAUUAAGUGCGUCAAGUGUCAAUGGUGCUAAUAUAAGAUAUCUGUACCAUAGACUAAAAACAGUCCUUUGAUUUUCCAAAAUCUCUGUAGCGCAGUUAUUCAAUGGUGUGUGGUUUUUAAACAGUGCAGUCAUUAGCUAGAUUCUACAUGAAGUACUUUUUAAAAAUAUUUCAGGAAUUAAAUCGUGAUCUCUUUGUAUAUAUUGAAAUGUCUUUUUGUACUGAUUUUUAAAUUCUGCAUACGUAUUCCUGUUGUAGUACUGCUUAGAAUUUCUACUUAUAUUUUUAAUUGCUGCAAUUAGUAAUGUAAAAAUAACCAGUAUCAGUAGAUGUACUGUAUUCAAAAUUAGUUUUGUGGUCCUAAAACAGCAGCUUCUACUGUUAAGCUACCAGCUUUUAAUAUUAAAGCAGAAUUUCGUGAACAAUUCUCACCCAACUGUUCCAGUUUCUUCCAAGUUUUUUUUUUUUUUUUUAGAAAGGUCCACAUUAUUUUUUGAGUUGAGAAGAAAUCUUUCUAGCUAGGUUUCUAAUUUGCCUUUUUUGGCCGAGGAAAAAAAGUCUGCCACUUUUGUGGGAACAUCGGAUUAUAUUUUCACAUUUUAAACACCAAAAGGCUAAACGUGACGACAUCUUUAGCAAUCUUGGAACCCUGCCAAAAUAUUUAUGACCGAUUUGGAGAGAAUAAAGUGUGAUUCAGCUACCAACAAA